GCGCCUACGAAAAAUGCACAAAUCUACAUCGGCAGCCUGAUAAGUCAAAGUGGUUUGCACUUGCGAAAACGAAACGAAACCGAAGCUACCUACAGGUCCCAUUCGGAGAAGGUGCUUUUCGGGCUUUUCGUCACUGAGAAACUGAAGGCAUCGUGGCGAACUUGGACGAAUGCUGUCCUUGUUGAAAAAGGUAAACGUCCAGUUUCGGAAAUCGAAUUGGACGCGUGCAUCGGUCUAGAGAUGGCGAUGAGCUUGGUACCAAUUACCGAUAUCAAGGAAUUCUGGUCCGACAAGAAAUUUCAAGGCCACGCCGACUUCAAAGCCACGAUGGGCCGAGACCGUUUU